CUCCAGUCUCGCCACAGAAAACAAAGCUGCACGGCUUCCAUUACAGCAAGCAGAACUCUUGGAUCUGCAUUGAGACAUCCGAAAUAUCGCUCGAAAGAUGGAUCUACAUCUAGUUUAAGGACUACACAUACAGAGGCCUGCUCGGAGGACAGCAAGAUAGCAGGGCACUCGACUGUAUUGACAAAACAUUUUUCCGGAGUGCUUUGUCUUGGCCAGCUAGCAAGCAAGCCAUCAUUGUCGGUCGUUUCUGUUGCCAGCCAUCCAGCUAGUCUUUGCUAGCUGAACAGCUACGGAAAACAGCGCCAUGUUGUUGUCAAAAAGGGUUUGUUAGGAAGACAAAUCUUGACUUAAAGGCGGAACGUUUCCCCACCAAGGCCCUCCGUUUUGCUUCAGGGAUCCCCAAUCCGUGCUCCUGUGUCGGGGCUCUCGGACUGUUGUCAAUCGGCGACAUGGCGGAGCAAGGCUACUCUUGGGCGUACUCCCUGGUGGACUCCAGUCAGGUGUCUACGUUCCUCAUCUCCAUCCUGCUCAUCGUGUACGGCAGCUUCCGCUCCCUCAACAUGGACUGCGAGAACCAGGAGAAGGACAAAGACGGAAACCCCGUAUCCAAUGGUUCGUUUAGCAAUAGCAACUCCAACAACAGUAUUCAGACCAUAGACUCGACCCAGGCUCUCUUCCUGCCCAUAGGAGCCUCAGUGUCUCUCCUCGUCAUGUUCUUCUUCUUCGACUCCGUACAAGUGGUCUUCACCAUAUGCACUGCAGUUCUGGCCACCAUUGCGUUUGCAUUCCUUCUGCUGCCGAUGUGCCAGUACCUCACAAGGCCAUGCUCUCCACAAAACAAGAUUUCGUUUGGGUGUUGUGGGCGCUUCACGUUGGCCGAGCUCCUCUCCUUCUCCCUCUCCGUCAUGCUGGUGCUCAUCUGGGUGCUCACCGGACACUGGCUACUGAUGGACGCCUUGGCCAUGGGCCUGUGUGUGGCGAUGAUUGCCUUCGUGCGGCUGCCCAGCCUGAAGGUGUCUUGCCUCCUCCUCUCUGGCCUGCUCAUAUACGACGUAUUCUGGGUGUUCUUCUCAGCGUACAUCUUCAAUAGUAAUGUGAUGGUGAAGGUGGCUACCCAGCCGGCUGAUAACCCUCUGGACGUGCUGUCUCGUAAGCUUCACCUGGGCCCAGGUGUGGGGCGGGACGUGCCGCGCCUUUCGCUGCCCGGAAAGCUGGUGUUCCCCAGCUCCAGUGGCAGCCACUUCUCCAUGCUGGGCAUAGGCGACAUUGUGAUGCCCGGGCUGCUGCUCUGCUUUGUGCUGCGCUACGACAACUACAAGAAGCAGGCGAGCGGCGAGGGAGGCGGCCCGGGGGGUACGGGCGCAGCCGGCACCGGGAACAUGUCCGGACGCAUGCAGAGGGUCUCUUACUUCCACUGCACACUCAUCGGAUACUUCGUCGGCUUGUUGACUGCUACAGUGGCGUCUCGUAUCCAUCGUGCAGCCCAGCCUGCCCUCCUCUACCUGGUGCCCUUCACACUGCUGCCUCUGCUCACCAUGGCCUACCUGAAGGGCGACCUGCGGCGCAUGUGGUCGGAGCCGUUCCACACUAAAGGCACCAGCUCUCGCUUCCUGGAGGUAUGAUGCGCCAAUCACCCUCGUCACCACGGAGACACAGCCAGAAGGGAGGCCGUCGCCAUGACUACAAUCCCCACCCCUCCAAUGGACCCCCCCCCCCCCCCCCCCCA